AGCAGUUGUCACUCUCAGUUGUUACAUACUGUUAUAGUAUACUGUUGCUAAACUUUAAUGCAUGAUCUGUGAUAUUUUAUUGCAUUAAUUCACAAUGCCUGCUACGGCUAUGCAUAAAUUUAUAACUUUUGUGGGAGUUACGUCUAUAUUACACGCAGCUUACUCCGCAGCACAACAUCGCUCUUAUUUGAGAAUCACCGAGCAGGAGUUUACCACUUUGCCAAUAGAUAUUUUAAUCCAGGGUAUAGCCAGCUUAUUUAUUGUCAUGUACGGCAUUAUGUAUAUCGCUGGCGAUUUUAAAGAAAUACGAGCAGUCGUUGAUCUGGAAAACAAAUCCUGGGAGACACUGCGGAAUCUGCCAUCCUUUCAAAUAUUUAAUCAUCGUGGAAAAUCUCUCUGGCAAGAAGGUGCCGCACUAUCUAAUGCGUAUAUAUGAGUGAAAUCAUAUUUGUCGUGCUAAAUCAUUUCUGAAGAACACUGAAUCUGUUGAGAUUCAUUCAUGGUGUUCGUUAGAUUACAUCUUUAGCUUAGGCAAAAUUAUAAAAUAAAAUCAUGUAAAAUACAAUGAAUUCAGAAACAUACCUAGAGAAAGAAUGAGAAGAAUCUUUGCGUGAAAUCUUUAAUUAGAUGUGCAUUAAUUUAUUAAAAUUCACAGGUUUUGCAGAAAUGAACUAUGACUAAGUCCUCGAUGUAAAUAGGAUUAAAUAUAUUAAAAUGUGAUUAAAACUUCGACUUUAAAAGGUUUCGUAUAAAUGUAAAGUAAAUGGAAGCAUCAGUCACAAAGCAGCCAUCUGUAUGUACAGAUAUGAGAUUUGUUUAAUGCUGAAGAUAACUGAUAGUAGAUUAUGUGAUCUUCCUUCACAUAUAAUAGUACUUUAACUUAUAAAUUUUCAAACAUGGCAAAACUGAUUUUGUACACAUUUCACACGGUUUUGUGAUAGUAAAUAGUACAAAUAAAAAAGUUCUCACAGU